AUGGCUAGGCGUUAUCUGAUAACGCGUAACUCGUGGAAGUUUUUGCUAGCAUGGUUACUAUUUUGUGUCAUUUUCUAUCUGUUGCUCGAAGGAAAGAGCUAUGAGCCCACCAGCACAACCCCCUUAAGCAGCUACCCCCUUCAGAUCGUGGAAGAUCACAACGACACGAGCGCCACCCUUCUGGAGGAACAUCCGAAGGAGCGCAAUCGUACGCGGUUCAUCCUGCUCUACACAAACUUUUUCGACGAGGCUCAUUGGGGCUUGCCAUCUGCCACGCUCGGUCCCGAUUACUUUAAGAAUAAACAGUGUGCGGUCACCAACUGUGUUGUGACGUCUGAUCAUGGUCUGUUGAAGUCGAUUACGGAGUAUGAUGCGCUGGUCUAUCAUACCGCCACAUACUGGAAUGUGAAACCACCGUCGAUACGGGUGGCACGGCAGAUUUACAUCGCAGCCAUUAUGGAGUCCCCGGCGCAAACCUGGAAUCCACUAGGGGAGGAUACAAACUAUUUCUUCAACUGGACCAUGACAUACAGACUGGACUCGGAUGUACUGUUCAACUACGGAUUCAUACUGGACCGGGAGAGUGGUGGAGUAGUGGGCCCAGCCAUCAAACCGAUGUGGCGCAAUGGGUUUGAUGAGUAUAAGAACGCGUCUUUGGUCGAACUAGUCAGCAAAAAGCGUUCAAUGGCAGCUCAAUUUGUUUCACACUGCAAUGCUGUUUCAAAGCGUGAUGAGCUGGUACAAUCGUUGCAAUCCGCUGGCCUAACGGUUGAUGUGUACGGUGCAUGUGGCAGUCUCAAAUGCCCCCAUAACAACCCGGAAUGCGAAAAAAUGAUGGAUGACGUUUACUGGUUUUACCUUUCGUUUGAAAACGCGCUAUACGUGGACUACGUCACGGAGAAGCUGUACAAUGCGCUCGUUCACAACAUCGUACCGAUCGUGUACGGCGGUGCCGACUACACGCGCUUUUUACCCCCCGGUUCUUACAUCGAUGUACAGGAUUACGCCUCCCCCAAGGAGCUCGUUGAUUAUUUGCUUCAUCUAACUAAAAAUCCACACGAGUACGUGAAGUACUUUUGGUGGAAGGAGCACUAUGUGGCCGUGAACCGGGAGGCGCGAAUUUCCUUCGCAGCGUGGUGCCAGCUGUGCGAGAAGCUGCACAGCGCCAGCACCAGCACUGCCACAAAGUACUAUCGCGAUUUAAAGUCCUGGUGGCAUGAUGAUGUCAGUACGGCCGCACAAAAGCUCAAGUUUUGA